AACAAGGGUAGAGGAGAUGAGAUAACAAAUUGUGACAGGUUGUGGAAUUCAACUGCAAGCAGCAACUGUCGAUAUGCGACCCCGUCGUCAGACAGAAUUUUUUCGGACCCAGUCUUCGAGCAGAAUUUGUUGUCCGACUAACAGACGAGAUGGAUGCCACAGGCAGAGGUGGUUCUUCUCAUCUACCGGCUUUAGCAUUGGCUCGCAUGGCAGGUGCCGAGAUGGUCGGAACUUUCGUUCUCAUGUUUUCACUGUGCGGUGCCGUCGGGGCAGGGCAGGGGUUCUUAGAGAGCGCAUGUGUUGGGGGUUUAGCAACUGUGGUGGUCGUGAUCGCAACAUACCCCAUCUCUGGUGGGCACAUCAACCCGGCUAUCACAAUUGCGCUCACAGUCUCCACUCCUUUCCCCAAGUUCCUUGCGUCAAUAUAUGUCUUUGCGCAGAUAGUGGGAUCGAUGCUGGGCACUGUCAUGGGUAAGUAUGUGCAUCAGAUACCAUUAGAGUUAAUAAUGACUGCGCCUCUCCAUGGACUUGAACAGGCCAUCUUCGCCGAGCUUAUUGCCACCUCUGUCAUAAUGUUCCUUGCAUCUUCUUUAUCCUAUGAUGUCUACCCGAUGAGGCAAACACCGGGCUUUGCAAUUGGAGCAGCAGUUUCGCUUGCCGUGCUGACCAUCGGGCCGGUGUCAGGAGGAUCCAUGAAUCCUGCAAGGUCACUAGGUCCAGCACUGGUUGCUUGGAGGUUCAAGGAUCAAUGGGCCUACAUUGCCGCCCCUAUUGCUGGAGCGGUUGCAGGAGCAUUCCUCUACAAACUGCUUCGAUUUUCCCAACCAUCACCUCAUCCCUCUCCAACUCAUCCAUCCUCUCUCCCACAUCAACAAUUCGAGCUGCCCUCCUCCGGUAUCCAAUAGUGUAAGAGAUUACCCACACUAGCUUCGAUCCAUCAGCAUUUCUCUCUCUUGCUCUGUGCCUGUGUAUGUGUCUAGUAUGCUUGUGCAAACAUGUGCAUGCACCAGCGAUUAAAGUAUCAGAAAUUAUGACGAAGAAGUCUAAUAGCCCGAUAUCGAAGAAAUUUAGCCCUUGCAUGUAUGUUUUCUUUCUUUCUUCUCAUUUGAAACAAUCUUUGGCUUUGAUUGCAUGUGUUAGCAAACAACACAAG